CGUGAACACACGACAGUUGAAUUUGAAAACAGGCGCUAGUGUUGUGAGAAGCAAACGGAUGAAAAGGAAAGAUGACUGCGGACAAUGAAAUAGACAUUAAAGAGGCGUUUCAGCGCGCUCAGAAGGGCCACAACAACAAAGCUAAGCUGGUGGCGAGCCUCAACAGCCGAUACAACAAGCUUGAGGACAAGACACUGUUCCAUGAGGAGUUUGUCCACUACCUGAAGUACGCCAUGAUCGUCUACAAGCGUGAACCUACAGUCGAAAAUGUCAUUGACUUUGUUGCGAGGUUUGCAGCAAGUUUCCAAUCUCCAUCUAAAACAGAGGAGCAGGAGCAGCAGGGGGAGGAGGAGGAGGAGGAGGAAGAAGAAGAAGAAGAUGCUGAGGAUGAUCAUCCAUUUCUGAGUUUCAUCUUUAACUUCCUGUUGGAGUCUCAUAAAGCCAAUAGCCACGCGGUGCGUUUUCGUGUGUGCCAGCUGAUCAACAAGUUGUUGGGCAGUAUGGCGGAGAACGCCCAGAUAGACGAUGACCUCUUUGAUCGCAUCCAUCAAGCCAUGCUGGUCCGUGUCACUGACAAGUUCCCCAAUGUAAGGAUUCAGGCUGCUCUAGCCAUGACGCGCCUACAACAACCAAUGGAUCCUGACUGUCCAACCAUCAGCGCGUACAUGUUGAUUCUGGAAAAUGAUACCAAUGCUGAGGUGAGACGUGCCGUUCUUUCCUGCAUCGCGAUGUCCCCUAGCACCCUCCCCAAAGUAAUCAAACGCACCCGAGACAUCAAAGAGAAUGUUCGCAAGCUAGCCUACCAGGUUCUGGCUGACAAAGUUCAUAUCAAAGCUUUGACCAUCGCUCAGAGGGUUAGUCUGCUGCAGCAGGGUCUCCAUGACACCUCAGAAGCGGUGAGGGAGGUGGUGUGUUCUCGCCUACUGCCGGCUUGGAUACUUCGGCUGGAUGGUAAUGUCAUAGAGCUGCUCCACAGGCUGGAUGUAGAGAACUGUGCCCAAACAGCUUUGGACACACUGAAAGCCAUCCUCGAAGGCACACCUCCUGAAGAACUGGUGCAGAACAGAGCUCAGCUAGACAACAGGAAGCUGAUCCCGGUGGAUUCUCUGUCCUGUGAGAAUGUGCUUUACUGGAGGGCUCUGUGUGAGUUCAUCAAGGCUAAAGGAGAUGAUGGUGAUGAAAUGCUGGAGCAAGUGCUACCAGACCCCGACACUUAUGCGGACUACCUCUACGGAUAUCUGAAGGCUGUGCCUCUGCUGUCAGAGGAACAGAGGGCUGACUUUAACCAGCUGGAGCUCGUCAUGACAAAGGAGUUCAUCUCCCAACAGCUCAUCCAUCUCAUCGGAUGCCUGGAUACCAAUGAGGAGGGCGGCAGGAAGCGUGUGUUGGCUGUCCUGCAGGAGAUGUUGGCUCUCCCACAGACUCCCUCCUCCCUUGUCUCACUUCUAACUGAAAAGCUCCUCACCCUCAUUCCUGAUGACAACAGACGCAUACAGACUGUGGCAGAAAUCAUCUCCGAUGUGAGGGAGCCCAUCACGGAGGCCAGUCAGCCAGCGGAUGAGAACAUGAGCCGCCGGCAGCAGGUCCAGCUUGCAGAGGUGAAGGUGUGCAUCUUGGAGGCUAAACAAACCCUGGAGGAUUGUAUCAGUGCCCAGGACUUCAGUCGUGCUGCGGAGCUGAAGGAGUCCAUCACAGAGUUCGAGAAUCGCAGGAACCAGAUCAUUCAGGAAAUCGCAGCGAGUAGCCAGCCAGCCGACAAGGAAACCCGCACUGAGAAGAAUGACCCAGAGACUCUUCUGAGGUGUUUAACAAUGUGUGCAGAGCUGCUAAAGCAGAUGAGCAUCAAGACACGGAUUGGUCCAACCAUAAGCGCCUUAAUGUCCUCACUGGUCCUGCCCAGUAUAGCAAAUGCUCACCCUGCUGUCCGUAACAUGGCCGUGGUGUGUCUGGGAACAUGCACUCUGCACAGCAAGGAGCUGGCCAAAACCCACAUGGUUCUUCUUCUGCAGAUUGCCCAGCUGGAUGAGGUGAAGAUCCGUAUCAGUGCUCUGCGGUCCAUCAUCGACCUGCUGCUGCUGUUUGGCUUCCAGCUGCUCUCUGAAACAGAUGGCACUCAGACAGCCCUGCCUUCCCAGUCACCAGACAGACAGGACGAGGACGCUCCAGUGACCGAGGAGAAGAGAGAUGUACCAGAGGACACCGCACAGAGUAUCCUGGUGAUGUUUUCCGAGUUCCUGGACAGUGAGGUGUCUGACCUGCGCACAGAGGCAGCAGAAGGUCUAGCCAAACUGAUGUACACUGGCCGUAUCUCCAGUGCCAAGAUGCUCUCCCGUCUGGUGUUGCUGUGGUACAACCCUGUCACUGAGGACGACACCCGACUGCGGCACUGCCUUGGUGUCUUCUUCCAGCUAUACGCCCGCGAGAGCAGGGUCCACCAGGAGGUCAUGGAGGAGGGUUUCCUGCCAACUGUUCGGACUCUGAUGAAUGCCCCAGCCACCUCUCCACUAGCUGAGGUGGAUAUUAACAAUGUGGUCGAGCUACUUGUCGAGCUGACCCGUCCAAGUGCACUUAUCAAGCCCUCAACAAACACGGAGGAGGUGUGUGUCCAUGACUACUUGGCGGUGCGUAUGUGUGGGGAGAUGUUGAAGGACCCUACAGCCCCUGAGGUGCGUCUCUAUGCCAAGACUUUAAGCAACCUGGAGCUGAGCAGAGAUGAGACGGUCAGGAAGGACCUGCAGACGCUGCUGCAGCAGCUUGUACAGGUGGUGAAGGAUCGUGUCUGCCUCCGCGCUCUGGAGAAAAUGAUUUAUCAGCUAGUGGACUCAAAAGAACAGGCCGAGCUCCUCAGUGCCAGCGCGCUCCAACCAUUGGAUGUCAAUGCAGAUGAGGCCGCAACAGACGAUCCAUCUAAAUCUGCCAAGAGAGCCAAAAGAGGUCAGAGGAAAGUGUACACAGCCAAAGGAGGCAGAAAGCCGAGCAGGAGGGCAGAGUCAUCAGAGGAGAGUGAUGGAGAAAAUGUUCCAGAGCCAGUUUCUGUGGUGCGUCCCUCACGGAGGGCUAAGACCGCAGCUCUUGAAAAGACAAAGCUGGACCUCAACACCCUUAUCAAUCAGGAGGCCAAUGUGUCAUAGAUGUCAGGUCAUGAUCAGAUGUGCAAAAAUGGAAAUGAGUUAUUUUGUAAACUGGUGUUCAAGUUCUUCAGUCUCCAAUAAUUCACAAAUACUUUCGUAAUGUGGAGCCAUUUACUACCUCUUCUGUAGUAAAACUGAUGUCAGUAGUUACUUAACUUCUGACUAACAGCCCUCACAAUGGGGUCUCCUCUUUAUCUGUUGUCAUAUUUACUCUUUUGUUUCUGUUUGUUUCAGGUUUUG